GUGGCCCGGCCACCUGUCGAUUGAUCAUGAAGCCGAACAUGAAUAAAUGGUAAUAUGCCGAUACAUGCCAUUUAAUAGCCUACAUCGGAUCAACGCGAGGACGAACAGCAUUGCCUUUCAUGUCAUCCUACAUUUUCGCAAUGAUGUUUUUCCGACUUGCUGUAUACCUACUGACAUUUGGCGCGGGGUCUGCCCAUAUGGCAUUAAAGUAUCCCUGCCCUCGAUACAGCGCACACGGGAUAGACUGUCCGGUACUCCCUGACGGUGAAUCGCCUGACUAUACGCCGGUUGAGCCAAUUGGGAACUACCAGAACAUCACUUACCCGCUCUGCAAAUUUACUAAGCCAUUCCCAGCACCCAGUGCAGUCUGGAGACCCGGCGAAAAGACAACCGUCACUUUGGAGGGCAAAGCUGCUCAUGGCGGCGGUCACGCUCAGUUCUCACUAUCCUACGACAACGCAGCAACCUUUGUUGUAGUGCAUGAGAUCUUACGGCAUCUGUUCUUUACCAGCUCAUCAUGGAGCAACAUACCGGACGUGCUGGACUACUCGUUUACGCUGCCUAAUGAUCUUCCGGGCAGCGACCAUGCCAUCUUUGCGUGGACCUGGGUAAACGCCCAGGGAAAUCGCGAGUUUUUCAUGAGCUGUGCAGAUAUCAAAAUCAUCGGACAGCCGGGAAAUUAUACGGGAAAGGCCACUGUUAUCGCAAACUACGGACCCGACACACCGUAUAUCGACGAGUUCAACGGACAAUAUGAUAUGGGCAUCGAUAUAUAUGCAGACUCACCGAACAUUACCGUGUUCGGUGGUGGAAAUUCAGUUGAUGAGAAACCCAGACGCUACUAAUACUAGG